AUGGCCUCCUCCUUUGCGUUCGGGAAGCCCAGGCUUCUCAACGUGCAGGAUAGCAUGGCGACCCCCGAAAGACGCACCAUCUCGCCAGCAGCCCCGGUAACAUUGACAAGUUUACCUACCGAAAUCCUAGAAAUUAUCGGAUCCCACCUCAUCACACGCACCAAGCCCAAUGAACCCCCUCCGUUGUCAGACCUCCACGCUCUCGUCGCCACUUGUCGUCGAACUCAUUGGGAAUUUAAUGAUAAGCUACUAUACUCUAUCGAUGCCGUCGAUCCCCUCGGAUCAGUUGCUUUGCUGUGGGGCGCAGCUACCGGUCAGAUUAAAACCAUGGAGCGAGCUGUGAGACACGGGGCCGACAUCCACCGGGAAGACGUUGUUGGGGAUUUGACGACUGACCCUCGAAACAUCCCCCCCGGCGGCUAUAUCAAAGGACGCACUCUUCGCGGGAAGCGCAAAGAAUCACCAAAACGCCGUGGUACAGCGCUGCAUUUCGCCGUCAAGAUGGGCCAGGACGAGGCGGUGAAGUGGCUCUUGGAUCCGCUGCAAAACGCCGCCUACGCUGGAAAUUGGGAUAUUUUCAGCUACAUUCUCGAUCAGCCGGGUGCCGAACGUCGGUUGCAUGCCAACUACUGGGACUGGAGCCUUAGCAACUUGUCCAAAUUCGAACCGACUCUUCUUAAUCUCGUAUAUAUGGGAUCGGGCCUCGACAACAGGGACAGCCGUGUACAAAUCAUACGGGAGCUCGUCCGGAGAGGAAUGCGGUCAGGGGCAAACGCGGAACCCACCGGCAACACAUCGUUAUUGUUCCGUGCUUGCAAGGGCGGGGUAUUCGGGAUAGCCGUUGACCUGAUCAAUGCCGAUGCGAUCCUUCCGUCCGUCUACCAAAGUUCGCAAACAUUGUUCUAUCACGUCCUCAAAACGCCCAAGGAUCUCUUUUACCCGAGGCUGGAUGCGGACGACCCUUACGUCGGUAACUACUACGUAAGAAAGCCCGGAUGUCACCAACGUGACCGGCUUGAUCUUGUUAGGCUGCUCGUCGAAAAGGGUUACGUCAACAUCAACCACAUGUGGGGUCAGGGAUGGGCAUCAGAAACCGUUGCCAUGCUUGCUGCGAGUCCGACAAGAACGAGGAACGGGUCUGUUGAAACCCUGGAGUUGGUCAGGGAGUUGGGGGCAAAUUUGCAACAGGUGAACGCGAUGGGUAUGAAUACUCUCCAUUACUUGGUGAAACAAUUGACCUCGCCGCGGGCCGAUGGCGCGCCGCGUACCGGCGCCUUCAACUGCUGGUCAACUGUAAAAUACUUGCUCCAAGACAUGGGACUGGCACUCUGGUCUAUGGAUGCGCAGGGCAGGACGGCACUUGACUAUGUCUAUGACGCGGCUAGGGAGGCCACCAGGAGAGAGUUGAGAAGUCCAACCCGAUCGGAGAGUAGAGUCUAUUCCUGGGAUCUGUUGACGGUGCAUUUGGCAGAGACCAUAUUGGCUCAUUCCGGUCUGUCGGCCGCGUCACCGUGCUCAGCCCUCACAAGCCCCACGUCUGUCUCUAGAAACCAACGAAACAAAACUAAACAUCCAUCACGACGACCUCGCCAGACCGUCGCUGAGAAAUCCAAGCUCCAGGCAUGUAAUACGUGGGAGGUGGUGGGGGAGGGGGAGGGGGAGGCACCAUGUCUUGAUGGUCUGGCGCACCCCGUGCCCUACCCCCGGGCCUUUCUCGAAGACUGCAUGCUAGCCGGCCUACGCGGCUUUUGGUCAACCGGCAUGCCAUGGCGCCUCAUCAAUGCUGCCAUCACCACCUCCUUUGCCUACACCGUUACUCCUGCCUGCAAGACGUCUUGGACGGCUCUCACCGGUUUGGCUUGGUCAAACGUUGACGACCCCCAGACCAUUACCCUCCCCUGCCCCCGAUGCACCACCAACCUCCAGAUUCCCUGGACAACCUGCUCCAACCCACCCGGCUACCCCUUCGACGGCAUCCCGGACCUUACAGGCACCGGCUACGGCGACGGAAAUCUGCAACACCACUGCGACAGUUGCCAAACCACAAUCAACAAACCACUUUUAUGCGUGGCCAAAUUCACCAACGACGUCAAUUGCCUCCUCAACCCUGCAAUCAACCGCCCCAUGCCCGGAACGCUCCUCGACUUGCGCAACGGGAAACCCCCGUUGUCACCCUCGGCCUCAUCGUGGGGCGCCAGCCCGCCAGCCACGUUCCCCAACCGGUUGCUCAAGAAACGCAACGAUAACCCCAAAAUGCAAGUCACCGGACUGAUUGCGUGGAGAGUGGGAGGUAAAGACUUUUGGAGAGAGACAGGGGAGGGUGAAGGGGCGGUGGGCGAGGUGGAGGACAGUGAGGAUGAUGCCGCUGAAGAGCAGGCCGGUGGCGCAGGCGAAUAUGUCGGUUUUGAGGUGCACCGUGGGAGUGCCGCCGCUGCCGCGAUAGAUGCCGACGGAGACGGGGAUGCAGGCGCUGGCCCAGAGGGUGGCAGUUACGUGGAUCGUGAGGUUUGCCCAGGCGUGGAGCUGGUGGCGGAAGGAGGGGAUGGGAUGGUCGAGGUAGAGGCUCUCUCCCUUGUGGCAGGCGGCGAUGUGGAGGGGGAUGUAGAAGAGGGACUGCGUGGACUGGUUAGAAACGCCGAUGAUAGAGGCAACCGCAAGAGAAACCAGUGCCGCCAGAACCAGCUGGGGCAGAAAUUGUGUUAUGUGUGGUCCGCUAGAGCUCUGACUCUCCGUUUUGCUUUCCGGUUGGCUUUCGGUGAAGCUAAGUCAAACACAAGAAGUAAACGAGCCAUUGUCAACGAUGUCAGGCGUGGUGAAAGGGGAGAGUGGGAGGGCAUCAUCCAGCUCGGACAGCCAUGUCGCGCAAGUAAGAAAUAA